AUGCAGCUCUUUCAAGUUUUACAUUUACUUAUCUUGAUCUCUUUAACAGCAACAGUAACAAAAGCAUGGAGAAUCAGCAAAAAAGGAUGCAAUGAUAGGUGUGGAGAGAUAUCGAUUCCAUACCCUUUCGGGAUUGGAACAAAUUGUUCUCUAAGCAAAUGGUACAAUAUUGAUUGUAACUCCUCGACACCGUAUCUGUCUGCACUCAACAACACGGAGGUCUUGAGUGUAAAUCCAGAGUACAGCAACAGCGGAGCGGUUACUGUUAAGGUCUCCACCACUUUUGAUUGUGUGAGACCAGUCCAGCAUAGCACUCCUGUCCUAAGCAACGAGAGUCCCUUUUAUAUUUCCACUUAUGCUAACAAACUCUUCGUUGAGGGGUGUGGCAUUAAUGCUGACGUCAUGGUGAAGAAGACUAUUGUUGCCAGUUGCUCAACGAUUUGUCGUAAUGAUACUGUCAGAGAUAGAAACAACUGCUUUGGCAUUGGUUGUUGCCAAGCCACGUUUGAUAGUACUAAUAGGAAUAUCAAGACGUUUAGGUUGAAUGUAACAGGCUUGGAAGGGCCGGCUGGAGACGAGAUAUGUAGGUCUGCCUUCCUGAUGGACAGUUCAUACUUCAAAGCAGGCUUUCCAAUUGACAAGAACAACACUUACGUUCCCAUAACACUUUCGUGGAAUACAGAUACCCAAGACGACAACAAUACUUCUCCAGAAUGCAAAAAGUGUCAACUUAAGGGAGGGUAUUGUUGGCUAAAUCUUGACGUGGACUCGGCUACAAGUUGUUAUAUUUAUAAGGGGAGAAAUUUAGGUGUCAUUCUGGGUGUUAGUAUAAGCAUGGGAUUGCUUUUCCUAAUGGUGAUCGGCUAUGCAUUAUACAAAAUAAUCAAGAAAACUAAAGCUAAGAGAAGGAAACAAAGGUUUUUUAAGCGUAAUGGUGGUCUCCUUCUUAAACAACAACAAGCAACUGAUGUUGAUGAAACCAUACUCUUCACCUCUAAAGAAUUGGAGAAGGCUACUGACCAUUUUAAUGAGAAUAGAAUUCUUGGUCGAGGUGGUCAGGGUACUGUAUAUAAAGGUAUGUUAGCAGAUGGACGGAUCGUAGCAAUCAAGAAAUCAAUGGUGGUUGAUGAAAGUCAAGUAGUAGAGUUCAUCAAUGAGGUAGUCAUUCUUUCACAGGUCAACCAUAGAAAUGUGGUCAAAUUAUUAGGAUGUUGCCUAGAGACCGAGGUCCCACUACUUGUCUCUGAGUUCGUCUCAAAUGGAGCACUUUCUUACUUACAUUCAGCAACCUCCAUUCCGAUAUACCAUAGGGAUAUCAAGACAACUAAUAUACUUUUGGAUGAAAAGUAUCGAGCAAAAGUUUCUGAUUUUGGUACUUCAAGGUUGGUAUCAAUAGAUCAAACUCAUUUGACUACAUUAGUUAAAGGGACUUUUGGUUAUUUGGAUCCAGAGUACUUUCAAUCGAGCCAGUUCACUGAAAAAAGUGAUGUCUAUAGUUUUGGAGUUGUUUUGUUGGAACUUUUGACAAGAGAAAAGCCAAUCUCCUUAACUAGAUUUGGUGAAAAUAGAAGUUUAGCUACACACUUUAUGCUAGCCAUGGAAGAAGGCCGUGCGAUGUCUGUUUUUGAUGCAAUGAUUGUUAAGGAAGGUUUUAGGACCGAGUUGUUGUCUAUAGCUAAUUUGGCAAUGCGAUGCUUGAACUUCAAUGGAAAAAAUAGGCCAACAAUGAAAGAAGUUUCCAUUGAGUUAGAAUGCAUUAGAUUGUCACAUGUUUCCCUUAUAGAUCAAACUAAUGUUGGCGUUGUGAAGCAAUAUGAGGAGGUAUCACCAAUAUAUGGUAAGUCAACAUCAACAUCGGUGACAAUCAGUGACAAUCGUAGUUGA